GGUUGAAUAUCAGUGAAGCCUACCAAGACUCAUCGACAAGAACAAUCAUGAAGUGUUUGAUUCUCAUCGCCGCUGUAAUCGCUGUCGCGACGGCUUUGCCGGAACGCGAACGUCGUUCCCUUGGUUUGGGACACUUAGGCCUUCUCGGCUUGGGGCAUGGUGUUGCAGUGGGCCCUGCAGCUGCCGUUGUUGCACCAGUUGCACCAUCGGUAGCCGUGGUAGGUCCUGCAGCCGGUUCUGCAGCCGUGGUAGGUCCUGUAGCUGGUCAUGCAGCCGUGGUAGGUCCUGUAGCUGGUUCUGCAGCCGUGGUUGGCCCUUCGGCUGGAUCCGCAGCUGUCGUUGGACCUUCCGCAGGUUCUGCAGCAGUCGUGGGACCUUCCGCAGGCUCUGCUGCUGUCGUAGGACCAGUCGCUAGUGGUGCUGCUGUUGUCGGACCCGCUCAUGGUUCCGCUGUAGUUGCUGGACCAGCUGGAGCAAUCGUCGCUCCUGGUGUCGUACCUCAUGGUCUAGUGGCUCAUGGGCUUUGGUAAAGAAAAAAAUGUCUCGAGUCUAUCCUCGCCUUGCUUUCUACGAUUUCAACAAUUUUCCGCCUGGCCUUUAACGUUGAUGCGAGUUUCGAAGAAAAUUCGUCUCGACUCAAGACUUCUACCAACUUUCUACUCCCGACUGCUUCGUUUCGGCGGAAGGACGCGCUUGAGAUCAUGGAAACGCGACUACGAGUUUUAACCUUAGGCAAUUAAACGCUAUCCUCUCGAGCGAAACUUAUAACGACCCCCUUAAACGGCUUAUUAGCUCCAUUAUUAUCGCAUCUCGCUCAAUGACUCGCGAGAAUAAUACUCCUAGAGCAUCUAUUAUUAUUAUUUUUUUUUCUUACUCCACGAUGCGCCUUUUCUUAUCAAAAUAAAAGAACUUCCGCACCAUA